UCGUCCUUCCUGGACUAUGCAGUAGGAUCAGGACUGAGUGAUAUUAAUUGGAAUCAUGGGACUGGUUUUGUUUUGCUGGCUUGUUUUGCUUUUGUACCAGCAGGUUUGUGCUGCACCAAGAAAUGUCGAGUUUAGAGAGAGACCCCUGGUGGAUAUAAGUAAAUUCUGGCACAUCUCAGACCUGCACAUCGAUCCUACCUACCACGUCACAGAAGAUCGCACCAAAGUGUGUUACUCCUCAAAGGGCUUCCCUGCAUCCGACCCAGGGGUUUUUGGAGAUUUUAUGUGUGACUCUCCUUAUGAGCUAAUUCUGUCUGCCUUCAGUUAUAUGAAAAGUGUGGAUCUUGAGCCCGAAUUUAUUAUCUGGACUGGAGACAGCCCUCCACAUGUUCCAGUAGAUAAGCUGUCCACAGACACUGUUAUAAAUAUGAUCGGCAAUAUGACGCACACCAUACGCCAGUUCUUCCCUCAGCUGCCAGUGUACCCUGCCCUGGGCAACCACGACUACUGGCCACAGGAUCAACUUCAAGUAAAAGAAAAUGACAUUUACCAGGCUGUAGCCAGACUUUGGUCUUCAUGGCUACAACCAGAAGCCCUCAUUACUCUAUGUAAAGGGGGCUUUUACUCUCAGUUGAUUAAGCCUGGACUCCGACUGGUGAGCCUGAACACAAAUCUUUACUACAGUCCCAACAAAGUAACCGUGAACAUGUCUGACCCAGCUGGCCAGUAUCAGUGGCUACAGGACACUCUGGAACUUUCCAAACAGAACAUGGAGAGGGUUUAUGUGAUUGCUCAUGUCCCGAUUGGUUACCUGCCCUAUGCGAAAAACACCACAGCCAUGAGGGAGAGUGACAAUGAAAGACUUGUGGAGAUAUUUCGAAACUACAGUGACAUUAUUCAGGGACAGUUUUACGGUCAUACUCAUCGAGACAGCUUGAUGGUUCUUCUGGAUCGUAAAGGGAAGCCUGUUAACUCCAUCUUUGUGACGCCGGCUGUGACCCCAUACAGAAGUUUUCUCGAGCAAUAUUCGAAUAACCCUGGCGUCCGCAUGUACCUGUACAACUCCCAGGACUAUGGCUUACAGGAUCUUUGGCAGUUCUACUUGAAUCUGACUGAAGCAAAUCAGGAAGAAAAGCCCAACUGGAGACUGGAAUACAUCAUGACCAAAGCUUUUGGUAUCAAGGACAUUCAGCCAGAAAGCCUGCAUGAACUUGCACUAAAGUUUGAAGCACCAGAAAGUAAAGAAUUCCAGAAAUACUUCACUUAUUUCAUGGUCAGUUACAAUACCACUGUCACUUGUACAGAGGAGUGUAAAACAGUACAGGUUUGUUCUGUACACUUUUUGGACCACAAGUCCUAUUCAGAGUGUGUGCAAAAGGUCAGCAGUGGUGAGUUUUAAUGGCGAAAGCCUUUUUAGAGUUCUCUUUUUUUUUUAUUAACUUGCCAUAAAGGGAAUAAAUCUUAGCCUUUAUCUUUUUAGUUUAGAGGUAUUCUUUUAAAAUAAAGAGAAAAUACAUGAAGCACAACUGUAGAAUUUAUUACUUUUUAGUGCCAGCUAAAGACUUGAACCAAACCUUAUACGUGCAGUGUUUCCCUGAAGUUUGCUGGUUUGGGGCGUGGGAUGGGGGGUGAGGAUGGUCACCUGCACGACUCCUCCCCAUGAUUUCCAUUACAGAGCAUUUGGACGUGAGCAAACAGUUAAAGGAGUCAUAUUUAAGUCUUCACGUUUUAUUUUAGAACAAUUUUUUUUUAAACAAUUUUUUGUUUUUAUUUUUUUAAUACAAGUUGGAUCAAAGCCACUGAUCUUGUAGUGAGUCCUGUGUUGAGGGGAUACAGUUUCAGCAGGAGAGCUGGUCGUGUUCUAUAUGGACAGGGGACAAAAUACAGGCACAAAUCCUCAAAAGGGCUCAACCUGAGGUCUAUCUGCUGUACUCAGGUUUCUCUUGCAAAAGAAAUCUUGAUCUCAAUUAAAUUAGCUGAUUGAAUAAAGUUGUAUAUAAGUGAGGGAAUAUCUUGGAGGAAAGUUCAUCCCUCCAAUACAGUUCCACAGACUUGGCAAGGAGUACUGAAGAUAUUCUGGAGACUCAUGGUGUUCUCACUACUAAGACACUUCUUCAUUUUGGUUUUUAAUUUGUCACCUAUCUGUACCACAGCCUCUCCUACCUUACUGCUUGAUUCUGUAAUUCGCUCACCUCUCCACUUUCUGCAUGCUGUCCCUGCCCAUCACCUGGGGGCCACUGACUUUGCUAACACUCUUGUUUGAAUCAAAUCGUUUUUUGAGCGCAGCUUGAGCGGGGGAUGUUUCUGCAUGGUCCUAGUGCCUGCAUCCCUGUUUGUUUGUUUUUUUCUCUGACCUUAAAAUGUGUGGGUGGGCUGGGGUCCCGUUGCACCUCCUCCCCCCCCCAAAUAAAUUAAAAUAUAAAAUAUAUGGUUGGGGGCGGCACGGUGGUGUAGUGGUUAGUGCUGUCGCCAGCAAGAAGGUCCGGGUUCGAGCCCUGUGGCCGGCGAGGGCCUUUCUGUGUGGAGUUUGUAUGUUCUCCCCGUGUCCGCAUGGGUUUCCUCCGGGUGCUCCGGUUUCCCUCACAGUCCAAAAGACAUGCAGGUUAGGUUAACUGGUGACUCAAAAUUGACCAUAGGUGUGAAUGUGAGUGUGAAUGGUUGUCUGUGUCUAUGUGUCAGCCCUGUGAUGACCUGGCGACUUGUCCAGGGUGUACCCCACCUUUUGCCCGUAGUCAGCUGGGAUAGGCUCCAGCUUGCCUGCGACCCUGUAGAACAGGAUAAAGCGGCUAGAGAUAAUCAGAUGAGAUGGGAUAUAUGGUUGGGGAAACACUGAUGUGACUGGGAAUGUUCUGGAUCUGCUGGAGCAACACAUUUUUCUAGCCAGCUUUAUCCAGUGUUUUUUUUUUUUUAAUUCAGUUUUAUAUUCUAGAAAUAAGAAAUGAUUGUUAUGCAUCUUAGUUUUAAAGGAUUAGUAUUGUCAAAUGAUAUAGAGCUUAUUUAAAGUUAAGCGAUCUUCAAAAUCAAAUGGUUUAUAAAUAAGGUGAGCAUUGUUUUUAAAGGGAUUUGAAUUGUUUAAAAUUACAGCGUAUUUUAAUUUAUAUAAAGAAUAUUUUUUAUUAUUUUUCACUGAUUUAUUGUACAACAGGGUUGUUGCUGGACAAUCAAGAAAUGACUGUUAAAAUCAGAGCAGCUGUAAUGUAUUUUCUGUUUCAUUAAUUCUAGUGCACAUUCACUGUGGAACUGAAUUGUAUGUUCGUUUGUGUCUGGGGUUUAAAAAAAAUAAGUACUUCUGUUUGUUUUAAAAUUCCAUGGAGUUUCUAAUAAACUGUGGGUAUGUUCUAUAACCUUAUACCUUAAUCCGUCUUGCGAUGGGUCUGCCUGCUCACAAUCUAUUAAUCAUUGUUUGUUUGGUGCAACAUAGGAUUCGGUGCCAUUAGCUCGAGCCAAUGCACAAAGCUUCCCCAUCACAAUAUCGUAAUCCUCUCCUAGAUACAGCUCAAGAUCAUUACCCAGCGUCUUCACGAUGUUUAGUCUUGGGCGUCCAACACUUCCAGAGGCAUGGGCGGGAACUCAAUUUAGCAGGAAUUUAGGGAGCCUGCCAUCUGACAUUUGUGCCACGUGCCCAAAGUAAAGGAGAUGGCAGUAGUUUAUGCUGAUUCCCAGGCUACAGCAACCAGUUCUCCUUUUUAUCUCAAGGUUCGAACUGUGCUCAUGGAACCGUACCUUUAGGAUUCUGUGCAGACAGUUAUGAUAGCUUACUGAUUAUUAUAGUGUUCUAUGAUGCAAAAAUAAUCUAAAGCAUGAGGCAAAAUCUGUGGUUGACUGACUCCCAGCCAUAGUGAAUACAUGUAAAUCGUCUGGCAUCCCUACCUUAUGUCAUCUCAGCUGACAAGACAGGAGCAAUUCACCAAUGAAGAAGUCCUUCGAGGACUUGUUCAUCUCACCUUUUCACAUACACGUAUAGUAAUCUUUGUAUUAACUUUCUCAUAACAAUCACUUGUGACCUGUAUGUUGGUACAACAUGUAAAUACCACCAUUGCAAGACCUCAAACUAAAAGAUGAGGAAAGUCCAGUGUGAUCAAGCAUGCAUCAGAUCCCUUUAGGAUCUAAGAAGGGAUUGCUAGAGAUGUGUUUGGCAUGCUUGAACUGGUACAGGCUGUUCUGAUUGCUACUUGUUUUGGCUAGUGACAUCCUUGAGAUUUAUCUUCGCUCGCACAUUCUGCUCUCUGCUUAAUGAAGGUUAUUUUGAUGAGUAAUGUCUUUCUUCUUUUAUAAGAUUAUGAUUCUGACCAGUGAUGUAAUGCUUCAUCAUCCAUUACAUUACCCUGUCAUAUACAGGUAACUUAGCUUCAUCAAUCACAUCAUCAUUAUCUAAUCACAUCGCUGCAACACACUCCUGAAUGUGAAUAUAUAUUAAUGUUUGUCCUACAAUAAACUGAGAAGCAUCUCUGAA